GAGGGAGACGAAAGACACGGUCGAACUUUGGUUAUCUCUCUCAUUCAUCUAAUCUUUCCUCCUUAGUGACAUAUACCACAUGAGCUUUUUUUUAUUCACUAGUGUCUAUCCCCGUUGCGCGUGCAAUCACAAGGCGAUCCCUGACUCACUUCAGUGGAUUUGAGAUUAGCUUCCGAUGGAAACCCCGCCUCCGUGGGCCGUCCCUCACCCAGGGUUUAUAUUAUAACGCGGCGCGUGUCUCCGGAGACAAAUCUGAACUCAGCUGCAAAGGACUUGGUUCGGGGACCUCUUGUUUCUCCAAACGGAGCUUUCCCGGAAAGACAGCGAUCGCAAAUCAUUCCGCAAAAACAAGUUUUGCAACCGUACCUUAUAUACUUUGAAGAGUUAUCUGACGAAGAGAGCCUCGCCAAAAGGUACUCUGAUUGCGACAGGUGAAAGAGAAGAUUCCUGUUUCAGAAUGAAACUUGAAGUUUUUUCCGCGAGCCACUUUGUUCAGAAGCCCCUGGAUAUGUGUAGUGACGCCGAGGGAAGUAUCCCAUCGCCCGUCUCUGGAGAUGAGCUGGGCUCGGACGGAGACUUCGUGGCCAAUAGCCCCGCACCUGCACCCCAGAGCAGUGACGGUAAAGGUAAACCCUACACCCGCAGACCUAAGCCCCCCUACUCUUACAUAGCGCUCAUUGCCAUGGCUAUCCGGGACUCUGGUACCGGCCGACUCACUCUGGCUGAAAUAAACGACUACCUGAUGAAGAAGUUCCCGUUUUUCCGUGGCAGCUACACCGGCUGGAGGAACUCGGUCCGCCACAACUUGUCACUGAACGAUUGCUUCUUGAAAGUACUGCGGGACCCGUCCCGACCCUGGGGUAAGGACAACUAUUGGAUGCUGAACCCGCACAGCGAAUAUACCUUUGCAGACGGUGUGUUCCGCCGCAGGAGGAAGCGCAUCAGCAAGAGGUCCAUCAAAGAGACUGAGAUUCCUGACACCCAAACACCCGGCGAGAACACUCGUCUGUCUGCCCCCGCCGCGCCUUCUCUGGAGGAAAAGUCAGGGGGCAAGUUUUGUAGCUCUUUCGCUAUCGAUAGUAUCCUCAGUAAGCCUUUUAAAAGGAGGGAGGAUUGUCUAACCAAUACAGACAUUACCGGUCUUGGUGCACGGUUGUACUGGCCUGCCGGUGCCCACAUACUGCCCUACACUCAGAACUACCAGUCUGCGACUGUGUCACAUGCACAGCACGCAUACCACGUCAGUUCCAGCCCGUCCCACAUGGUGCAGGCGUACAGGUGCAGUCUGUCAGACCCUGUCUACGGAGGGGAGCACAACAGGGACGCGCUCUCUUCUCUCCAUCUGACGUCACUGGGCAUGGUAAACUCAUUCUCCCCUGUCAAGAUAUCCACAUCAGGCGGAGGUUGUCAUCCUUUCCAAAUAGACUCAUUGCUCUCAUAAAGCCUACACACGGGACAGCGUGUGUGUGUGACUGUGUCUAUGAACUAUGUGCACUUUCAUUUGCUAUAGUUUUUCUGUCUUUAAAAGGCAUUUCAGUGCAUUUGAUUGGAAUGUGUUGGUCUCAUGUUUUGUAGUGAAUAACGUAACUUUUUUCUGUAGACUAACUUUAUUUCUAUUUGGAUAUUAGGACGAAGCACAUAGUUGUGACUCAAUCAGACAUUCCACUGUGUGUGUGUGUUUGUGUUUGUGUUUGUGUGUGUGGUGUGUGUGUGUGUCCAAUGGUUCGUUAGUCAUUUCUACUGUACGGUGGCCACCAACUGCCAAUAUAUUUUAAGAAUAUUAAUAUAUUUAUGUGUUGAUUUGUAUGACCUGCUGCAUAAUAUUGUGAUUAAAAUAUUGUUAAGUUGAACGACAAGUGCUGAAAAUUACUGCUCACGAAAAGCAAGGAAAUGUAGGCCUGUUAUCCUGGAGUCAUCAAUGGUGUUUUAAUGAAUAAAAAGAAACAAUACGUGGGAAACAAA